AUGGAUGUGGGUAUUUUCUUGAUAAGUGCGACGAGCGAUGGUAGGCAUAUAGCAUUACUCCCCCUAGGUAUCACACCAAUCGGGCAAUAUUUGGCAUACUUUGCAGUGCUUUGCGCAUUUCUAGGCCAGCUCGAGUGUGCAAAUUCAUGCCCUCUCCCCGCACUAUUCUGCAUGCCAAUUACAACAGAAUGCAGAAACCUCUCCCUUGACUGGAUGCCCAAAUGGAACACUGUUUGUGUCGGCCAUAGAUAGCAGAGCAAGUUUUAAAACUGUCCAAGCUGCUGUGGAGUCCCUGCCAGAGACGGGCAACGCAAUAAUUCUAAUGAGGAAUACUUUGAAAUGGUCAAUAUUACGCGGUCCGCACCGCUCACUCUUCUGGGCCGGCUUCAUCCUGACACUGCUUGCGACCCAGCGGGGAAUGCUUCUCAGCGCAACCUUGUUCACAUUUGGAACAAUUUACAUAUCCUACCUAGGAUAACCAACGCUGCGACUCUCACCGUUGCGCGCCCCCAUGGACAGCAGUUCGGUAACACUGACUUCAAAGCGUAUAAUAUUGACUUCGAAAAUCGUGCUGCCAACUACUCGAUUUCUCAAGCUCUCGUUGGCUCCUUCAGCUAUGCAAAUGUUUCUUUCUAUGGCUGCACCUUUGCGAGCUGGCAGGAUACGUGGUACGCUGGCCAUGGCGCAUAUUCAUAUGCUGUUGACAGCAUAAUAUAUGGCCAAACUGAU